AUGGGGCUGAAGAAAUCACCCAGCUAUAGAGAUUACUGGAGCAGUUCCCCGGAAUUUCGCGACUCGUAUAUAAGCUCCUUGAUGCCUGUAAAACGAUUCAGUUGGCUUCUUUCCAAUAUCAACUUGAAUGAUAAUGCAAUAAUGCCAAAAAAGGGUGAAGCUGGUUACGAUAAGCUGUAUAAGCUAAGGCCUUUGCUAACAGAAUUGUCUCAAAAUUUUGAACGUUGCAUGAAUCCAACCAGGGAGGUAAGCAUUGACGAAUCAAUGAUUAAAUACAAGAGUAGGAGUUCUCUGAAGCAAUACCUUCCCAAAAAACCGAUCAAGAGAGGGUAUAAGGUAUGGAUACUGGCGAACAAGAAUGGAUAUUGUCAGAAGUUUCAGAUAUAUACAGGAAAAUCAGAAGAUACAAAAAAAUCUUUAGGUGCAAGAGUAGUAAAAUAUCUCCUCAAUGGCAUGGAAGACAAGCAUCACAUUGUCUACUUCGACAAUUUUUUUAAUAGCAUCCAGCUCUUAGAAGAUCUGAAAGCAAAAAACCUUCACGCUUGUGGCACAGUCAAUCCGAAUAGGAAAUUACUUCCCAAUUUCACAAGUGAUAAAGCUUUAAAACGUGGUAAAUCUCAGAUUCUAACAUCGAACACUAAUUUGGUAGCUAUAAAAUGGCGUGACAAAAGAAGUGUUCACCUUUUAUCAAAUUUUCAUGAUCCCACAGGUUUUACAGACGUUGAGAGGAAAAACAAAAAUGGCGUCAUUGAGAAAGUCCCCUGUCCGAUUGCAUUGAUCGAUUAUAAUCAGAACAUGAACUUUGUAGACAAAUUCGAUCAAAAUCUUCACGUUUAUAAGAUUGACCGGAAAGCAUUUUCUUCUAUUUCCUCGAUGCAGAACUUGUACAUUCGUUUGUCUUAA